AAAUUAUAAUCGAUGAGUGAAGGGUAAAAAACUAUGGGAACAGAGAUUAAAGAGCCAUUUAAUUUUUAGCAAUAUGUUGAUUGGGCUUUUGAAUAAAAUAAAGGAACUUAUAUUUAUAAAACUUAGAAUGAAUAAUCACUAACAAAAACUAAUUAUUUUACUACAUAAAUAAGAGAUGAAUAAAUUAAUGGUAUUAUAUGGCUUUUUCGAAAAUGUCAAACCAUAAGUGAGAUUGAUAAUUAAAAUAAGGCAUUUUUAGAGCAUUAACAUAUUCUUAGACAUGUUUUUUUAUUUCUAUUAAUUUUGGUUAAAAAAUAUAAAGAUUAGAGAAAAAUUUAUGCCUUGAUGAAUUCCACUGGUAUUUUAUUUGAAAAUGAAGAGUUAAAACUUUGCAUUCCAAAUGAAAAGUUUGACAUUUUAUAACAGACUUACUAUAAAAAAGAUUUUGAUAACAUUGGAGCUCAUUUAACAGAAAACUGUAAAUCAAUAUUAGAAAGAUGGGCUGAACUGAAAAAUGAACCAAAUGAUUUCAAUUUUGGGCUGCCAAAAUCAGAUAAAGAAUUCUUAAAUGAUUUUCCAAGAAUUAGUGCAUGCCUCAAUCUUAAAUAAAACAUCAAAUUAAUUGAGUAAAAGAAAUAAAAAGAAGAGGGAAAAAAAAUGUUAGAAAAAUUACAGAAAGAGAGAUUGUUUUAAAGUAGCCUGAGAAAAGAAUAAAUUCAAUUUGUAUAAUUGGUUAAAGUUGUGAAUCAUAAAAAGCCUAAUUAUUUAAAUUAAUCAUUAAUUCUUUAACCAAAUGGCAAUUUGUAUUUAUUUUCAAUUAUUGAAUAGAAUUAUAGGAAAAAUUUGGUUUCCAAACAAUUAAACUGACCUUUGUCCGCUUUGGUUAAGUUAUAAUUUCUAAGUACAAUCAUAUAAUCAUUUAAAUAACUUUAAUUAAGAAUUAAAAUAAUAUAUUGGAUUUCUUACAUAUACAGGCCCUGUGAAUGAUUACUUUGAACCACAAACUUAUGAUUAUAAUGAAGAAACAGAAGGUAUUAUGUAAACAAACAAUUAACAUGAAUUAAUCAUGAAAGGAGGAUUUAAGAAUGGUCUUUUUGAGGGGAAAAAAAAUAGAAUAUAUAUAGGGUGUAUCUUAAUUUUUUAUGGAUCUUUCAAAAAUGGGUAAAAACAUGGGGAAGGAUAUGAAUUAAAUUAGUAAUUCUAAACAUUUUUCAGAGGUUUGUAUGAAUCAAAUUAGAAAUAAGGUAUAUUUGUUGAUUGUAAAUUGAUUAAUUACUAAAAUAGAGAAAAAGAAUUCUCCAAAAUUGGAAGUAGGUAGGAAUAUUAUAAAAAUAACAUAAAAUAUAACUAGAUUCCAGAAUGGGCAUAAUAAGUAUAUAAUGUUAAUUAAAACCCAGCUUGCGUAUUACUAAAUUUUAAUGAAUAUGGAAUAAAUAAUUUUUAAUUAAGUUCUCUUCGACCAGGAGGAUGGAUCAAUUCAAGUUUGAUUGAUAUUUUGCUUCAACAAUAAAUAUCUUUAGUAAAUUACUCAAACAUAAUAAAUCAAAAUAAAUAAGGUAAUAAAAUGAAAACUUUAUUUUUAAAUUGCAGUUAAUGUCAAGAUAUCUUUGGAAGCAUGAUUACUAAAAACGAUGAUAUAAAUGAUUUGUAUAAUUAUAAAUCAUUAUUUUAGAAUUUUUUAAGAAGCUUUUCUAAAACACUAGGAGUCUUGUAAUUAAGAGAAAGUAUAAAGUAAUAAGAAAAAUAUGAGAAUUGUGUUUUAUCUUAAUUUAGAUAGAAGUCACUUUUUAUCAGUUGUAUAUGAUAAUGAGAAAUUAUAUAUAAUUGAUUCGUUAAAUGAUACAAGAGAGCCGCUCAAAUUUUAAAUGAAAAAACUAUUAAUGAAAUAUCAAUUUCAUGUUGAAGAUAAGGAUGAUGUUACUCUAAGUCAACAAUAGAAUUCUUUUGAUUGUGGAGUAUACACAAUAUAUUAUGUCAGUUAAUUUAUAAAAAAUCAAAAUUUAACAAUCAAAGAGAUGAUUGAUAAACAAUGUUUUAAGGUUUCCUAGUCAAAAGUAAAUUAUAUACGAUAUCUAAUAUAUUAAAAUUUAGUAGGCAAUGGAGCAUCAAUAAUGGAAUUGUGAU